GGUGUCCUGCAGUAUCUUCGCUUUGCCAAGAAGCCCAUGGCGCCUCCCUGCCACAUGGUAUCCGAGAGACUGUCGCGCCGACUGGUGUUCCUAGGCCUUUUCAUCGAGCUGGCCGCGGUGCGGAUACUGCCACUCUGUGAGAUAUAUCCUAUGAACGCAUCUUGCUUGGUCAUUCUGUAUUUUUGGAGAGAAACCAAGCGCUCGAAGAGCAUACACAAGGACGAGCUGCUGGCGUGCGCUUCGGCGCUCAGCGCAUGGGCGCUGCCAUUUGUGAGGCCGUCGGGUGGCGCGUUCAUCGAGGCCAUGCCGGCGGCAGUGGUGCUGGACAGGAUGCUGUCGACGUUCUCGUGCUCCUACGUGGUCGCUCUUCUGGUCGGGAGCACCGUGGUGCAUUGCUUCCUCAACGGGGGCAGUGCGCUUGGAAGUUGUGCUCCGCCAGGGCUGAACUUCGGAGUAUCCGCAAUGCUCCUGAAGGCAUUUACCCAAGUGGCAGCUUCAUUAGCAUUGGCACCAGGCCGUCCGGAGCAGUGGGCCACGCUGCUGGUGCUGGCCACGCUGCUCCUGGGGGCACGGAGCGUGGCCACCGCGCCUCUGCGGCGGGCGCUG